UAGAUAGUGGGAAUGUUUUAGAAAAUCGUGUAUAAUUUAUAAAACAAUUAAUUUGCCGGCUAACUAUGUAAUAAGUGCAAUAAUACUCCAUAAUUAACUUCACAAAUGUCUAAAGUAUUGUUCGGCUUGUUGGCCGUUGUAGCGGCUUACAUCUGUUGGUCAAUAUUCAGCACCGGGUCAUCACAACCGCCUAGACUAGACCCUGAAGAAUGGUGGGGGCCGAAGGAACUAAAAGGCAAGCAGGAUACGAGUAUAAGGCCGUACCAAGUUAAAUUUACUGAUGAGAUGAUAAAAGAUCUAAGACAUCGUUUGAAAAACCAUCGUCCGUUAGUACCGCCUUUAGAAGGUAUCGCAUUCCAGUACGGUUUCAACAGCAAAGCGAUAGAACCCUGGCUGAAGUACUGGGCUGAAGAGUACCCAUUCAAAGAACGGGAAGCGUUUUUGAAUAAAUAUCCCCAUUUUAAAACGAAUAUACAAGGUCUUGAUAUACAUUUCAUACGAGUUAAACCACAGGUACCAGCAGGAGUGGAAGUAGUGCCUCUACUCUUAAUGCACGGCUGGCCGGGCUCCGUGAGAGAGUUCUAUGAAGCUAUACCUUUGCUGACUAAACAACAACCAGACUAUAACUUUGCUUUUGAAGUUAUAGUACCAAGUCUACCUGGAUAUGGAUUCUCCGAUGCACCAGUCCGUCCAGGCGUUGCUCCUGGACAGAUAGCAGUCAUCUUCAAAAACCUGAUGAACAGGCUUGGCUUCAAGAAGUUCUACAUCCAGGGCGGCGACUGGGGCUCGGCGAUCGCGUCCGCACUUGCUACAUUAUACCCUAAUGAAAUUUUGGGACACCAUACUAAUUUCCCGAUGGUUCAAAACAAACAGGCUGUCUACAAAACGAUAUUGGGCUCUUUCUUCCCAUCUCUAGUUGUGGAGAGUCACCUAGCGAGUCGCAUGUAUCCUCUAUCUUCUUUGUUCUCUUAUCUUCUAGAAGAGACUGGAUACGCACAUAUACAGGGCACUAAACCUGAUACAGUUGGCGUCGGUCUAACAGACUCCCCUUCAGGUCUCCUAGCCUAUAUCCUGGAGAAGUUCUCUACAUGGACUAAUGUUGAACACAAGUUGAAACCUGACGGAGGUUUAGAGUUCAGAUUUACGAAGGACAAACUUAUCGAUAAUCUUAUGAUUUACUGGACUUCUAAUUGUAUUACUACAUCUAUGAGAAUUUAUUCUGAAGAAAUGAGUAUUAAGAACAGACAGUUGGAUUUGAAUUCUUAUAUCACGCCAGUUCCAACAUGGGCUUUCCAAACAAAGAGUGAAAUGAUAUACCAACCUCCGAGUAUUCUGAAGACGAAGUACAUCAACCUCUUAGGUGCGACAGUUUUAGAAGAUGGCGGACAUUUCCUUGCUUUAGAACUACCUCAAAUAUUUGUUAAUGAUGUUUUUAAAGCUGUUAAAAUAUUUAAGAAUUGGCAUAAUCAAAAUAAGAAUACUGAAUUGUAAGUUGUUAAAUAUAAUUCUUUAGUUUUGUUUA